UUUUUUUUUUCUUUUUUACAAUCACAUUUCUAACUAAAGGUAAAUGUUUCACGUACGAUCUUGUCGUAACCACUCAAUAACCUAAACGGAUUUUGUAUCCAAAUGGAGCACACAGAAUUAAUAUAUGAACAAUACCUGUUAUUUAGAAAUAGCCUUUAAAUGUGUCAGACUCCGCUAUAAUAAUAUAUAUAACCGUUUACCUAACAGAAGAUAUCCCCAACUUAUUCAAUGAGGAAAAAAAAAUAAUGCUUUGGGAAAACAAGACAGUCAGUAUCUGAUUUAAUGAGUUAUCAAUAGGGCACUAAAACACCUCAGAUAUUUUAAUUGCUUUUUUAUUUGUUAUUGCAUGAUUUUCUUUAGAACACUAACGUGUGGAAUAUUCAGAUGUUUGUGUUCGUCUUCACAGCCAAACAGUAACGCUGUGACGCUCGCGCUGCCGAAUGAAAAGCAGCGGCUCCUUUAAGAAGCGGCAAGCUGCCCCUGGGCUGAAAGGGUUAGAAUCCCCGUACCGGUAAUCUGAGGGGAUCCAAAAUGGCGGAAUUCUCACCGAUAGAAGUGUACUAAAGCGAAUCGAAAACACCGGGUGAGCUUAAACCUCCCGGGUGGUAGUUGCGUCGUCUCCGAGGCACAGCAACGAGUAUAUCAAUUUAAUGUCUUCUGCGCUGAUUUGCAGGGGGAAAAGCGAGGAGAGGCUCGUAUUCGCAGCCCGAGGACACAACAUGGCGGAACUCUCAUGCAAUAAAAAUAACGUUAGCUACCGAGCAGAAGACAAAUGUAUUUGAACUCGUAUUUGGCUUACAGCAGGAUACCUCCGAACGAACGAAGAUGCCAUUGACUUUUUGUGCUGCUGGCUGUUUUCGAACGCUUUCGCAUUUCCAAAAAAAUGAGGAAGGCAGUUUACUAGCUGGCUAGCUGCUAGCUGGUCGGCUGGGGAGAAGGAAGGGUUUUCGGACGUUGUGUUGUCCCGCGUCGUUACACGAAAGUUCCCCACGCUCUGCUGUGUGACUGUGUGCUGUAACCUCUCCCGCGCCGGGCCCCAUGUAGACUUCUCCCCUUCGCUGGAGAAACGAAGUUCGCACUUAGGAUCCGGCCGGCGAGGGCGCUGAAGACGGUCCGGGUCGCUGCUGUACUGUACUACUACCGGACAGCAGCGCCUGUCCACCGGCCAGCCGAGGGCGGAGGCGUCAGCGAGCGAGGAGACGGACUGCGGGGGCUGGUUGUCAGCCAGGUGAGGUGCGGAGGGAGGCGUGUUGUAGAAGCAGCGCGGCUUCGAGUGCUCGCCGCCGCCCAGCGUGCAGCAUGACGGACACGCGCCGCCGCGUGAAGGUGUACACGCUGAACGAGGAGCGGCAGUGGGACGACCGCGGUACCGGACACGUCUCCUCGGGAUACGUGGACAGACUGAGGGGGAUGUCUCUGCUGGUGCGGGCCGAGAGCGACGGUUCUCUUCUACUGGAGUCAAAAAUAAACCCCAACACUGCAUACCAGAAACAACAGGAUACAUUAAUAGUGUGGUCUGAAGCUGAGAAUUAUGACCUAGCACUUAGUUUUCAGGAAAAGGCGGGUUGCGAUGAGAUCUGGGAGAAAAUAUGCCAGGUCCAGGGAAAAGACCCUUCUGUGGACAUCACCCAGGACUUUGUGGAAGAGUCAGAGGAGGAGCGCUUUGAGGACAUGUCUUCUCCUGGGCUUGAGCUGCCGCCCUGUGAGCUGAGCCGGCUGGAUGAGGUGGCGGAGCUUGUGGCAUCUUCACUGCCUUCACCCCUCCGCCGUGAAAAGCUGGCCCUGGCUUUGGAGAAUGAGGGCUACAUCAGGAAGCUCCUGGAGCUCUUCCAUGUCUGCGAAGACCUUGAGAACCACGAGGGUCUUCACCAGCUCUACGAGAUUAUGAAAGGGAUCUUUCUCUUAAAUCGGACUGCGCUCUUCGAGGUUAUGUUCUCAGAUGAGUGCAUCAUGGAUGUGAUAGGAUGCCUGGAGUAUGACCCCGCUUCAUCCCAGCCCAGGAGACACAGGGAGUUCCUGACUAAGACUGCCAAAUUUAAGGAGGUCAUCCCCAUCUCAGACCCUGAACUGAAGCAAAAAAUCCACCAGACGUAUCGAGUGCAGUACAUUCAGGACAUGGUCCUCCCCACGCCUUCCGUCUUUGAGGAGAACAUGCUGUCCACUCUGCACUCCUUUAUCUUUUUUAACAAAGUGGAAAUAGUCGGAAUGUUACAGGAUGAUGAAAGAUUCCUGACAGACCUCUUCGCGCAGCUAACUGACGAAGCGACAAAUGAUGACAAAAGACAGGAACUGGUAAAUUUUCUUAAGGAGUUUUGUGCGUUCUCUCAGACAUUACAACCUCAAAACAGAGACGCCUUCUUCAAAACAUUGUCAAACAUGGGCGUUCUACCAGCACUGGAAGUCAUAUUGGGGAUGGAUGACCCGCAAGUGCGUAGUGCUGCCACAGACAUCUUCUCCUACCUAGUGGAGUACAACCCAUCCAUGGUGCGGGAGUUUGUGAUGCAAGAGUGUCAGCAAAAUGAUGAUGACAUCCUCCUGAUUAACCUUAUCAUUGAGCACAUGAUUUGUGACACGGACCCAGAGCUGGGUGGUGCCGUGCAACUGAUGGGUCUGCUGCGCACUUUAGUGGAUCCUGAGAACAUGAUGGCCACCGCCAGUAAAACAGAGAAAACUGAAUUUCUGAGCUUCUUUUAUAAGCACUGCAUGCACGUGCUCACUGCUCCCUUGCUAGCCAACACCACAGAGGAGAAGCCCAGCAAAGAUGACUUCCAGACAUCACAGCUGCUGGCACUAAUCUUAGAGCUGCUGACGUUCUGUGUGGAACACCACUCUUACCACAUCAAGAACUACAUCAUCAAUAAGGACAUCUUGCGCAGGGUGCUAGUGCUCAUGGCUUCCCAUCACGCUUUCCUCGCUCUCUGUGCACUUAGAUUCAUGAGAAAAAUAAUCGGGCUUAAAGACGAAUUCUACAACCGCUACAUCAUGAGGAACUUCCUCUUCGAACCCGUGGUCAAAGCAUUCCUGAACAACGGGUCACGCUAUAAUCUUAUGAACUCUGCCAUAAUUGAAAUGUUUGAGUAUGUUCGAGUGGAGGAUGUGAAGUCUCUGACAGCGCAUAUUAUAGAGAACUACUGGAAAGCCCUUGAAGAUGUGAGCUAUGUUCAGACAUUCAAGGGGCUAAAGCUGCGAUAUGAGCAACAAAAGGAAAGGCAAGACAACCCCAAACUAGACAGCAUGCGGUCCAUCCUUCGGAACCACCGGUAUCGGCGGGAUGCUCGAACGCUGGAGGACGAGGAGGAGAUGUGGUUCAACACGGACGAAGACGACCUGGAGGAUGGAGAGGCUGUUGUCCCCCCAUCUGAUAUGAUGAAAGCUGAAGAAGACCUCAUAGACCCCAUAAGCAAGUUCAUGGAGAGGAAGAAAUUGAAAGACACAGAUGAGAAUGAGGUGCUGCUAAAGUCAAGCCUAACUGGUCGUCAGAGCCCCAGCUUCAAGCUGUCCUUCUCCAGUGCCACUAAGUCCAGCCUCACCACCUCAUCCUCUGCUGGCUACCACAGUGGCUCGCCAGGAUCACCUGGGUCACCAGGAUCUGCAGGGUGUCCUGGUUCUGGGCCAAAGAGUUUGCACCCUCUGCCAGCUGUUACUUCCAAGGAGGGUUUGGUGGGGCUUGUGGACUAUCCUGAUGAUGAUGAGGAUGAUGAUGAUGACAUGGAGACUAAGGAGAGGAACCAGGCCCUUUCUAAGAAGGCAAAGCUGAGCUCUUAAAAGCACAAUGGUUCUCCUGCAUCUCACAAUGGGCCCAAACUCCACCUGCACAGAAAAUCCCAUUUCAAGCAAAUAGUUCUUUGCAGGGAUGAAAAACAGUGAAUGAAAACCUCAUUUGCUGCCCAUGUGUCCUAUGGAUUUGUUGAGAUGUGAGCAAGAGAAAGAUCUAAAAACUCUGUGGAAUUUUAUUAUUCAAGUGCCAAUCUGUGGAAGAAGCAGAAAACUAAAGAACAAAAGAGACAUAAUUAUUCUUUGGAUGAAAUUAAAUCCAAAAAGAAAAAACACAAUGGGGGAGAAAACAACACUUGCACAGACUUUAGGGUUUGGACCACUCAAUGCCCCCCAACUCAGGGAUGGACAACAGUGCAGCCCAAAUGGGGCUGCAGAUCCAGAACCGCCACUCUUAGCUGCCUAACUCUGGUUAGGUCAGAUUCCACUGUCCUAUCUUGUUCUUUCUUUUUUUUUUUUUUUUUUUUUUUUUUUUUUUUAAAUAUUUGUUUUUUGGACCACACACAAACCACUGAAACGAUGAGCCUGUUGUCACUCAGUGGAAGUUCCUGAGGAAUGCCAGCAGUUUCCUCUAAUUCUUACCCCUUUCUCUUUUUAAUGAAAAUACCUACAUUUUAAAUGUUAUUUUGUUGCAUUUGAAUGGGUUUUUAAAACCUCUAUAGGUGGGGAAAAGGUUGGAAAACAAGCUCUAGGCUUCAUCCUUCUUCUUCGCCCUUUGAAACUGCAGAUUUUGAAGAUGUCAUCCCUUGAUUAAAGAUUGAGUGGAAUUCUAGAUGUGAUCAUUUUGUCAUGUCUUUUCCUUUAAUGGGUGUAGGCAAAAUUUAAGUAUAUUUGGGAUCAUUAAAAUAUCUAUGUACUAAUUUCACUUU